AUGGUUUCUAAGGCAGUCUUAGCUUGCGUACAGGCGCUUAUGAUCCAGUGUAUUGCUGGGCAGUACCUCAACUCUCGACUGUCAGCAGCACCGUGCGCCACGGCAGGUCCAUUAUCUGGAUCUUAUUUAGCUGGUGGCCCCUUCGGUGCUGGUUUAUGUGGACCAGGAGCUCCUUUUGCAUCUGACGGUGGCGCCCUUCCGGUUUCUAGCGCAUCAUUAUUACCUGCUAAUGGUGUUUCUAUUGUAUCAGAAAACGCUUUCGAAGGAUUACUCGAUGUUGCUGGAGCAGUACCAUUCUUAGGCACUGUGUCUCUAGAGGGAGCUCUCCCAACUGCUGGCUAUGGCGCUGUCGCUUACGGAUGCGGUAAUGGAGAAGUCGCAAUGUUAACUGAAGAUAUUGGUGGCUCAAGACUUGGUCUUCCAUCUGGCUCACUCGGCUACGGCGCGGCAAUAGCUCAACCUCUAUCGCUUGCUGGCACACCCUUUGGUGCUUCACCUAUAGCAGGUGCUGGUCCAUUUGUUGGUCCUGCGUCAUUUACUACUCCCGGUCCAUUUGCUGGUGGUCCCUAUGCUGCUAACGCACCUUACGCCGUUAAUAAUUUAGGAGCUAUCAAUGCAUACGGUCCUGCAGCUGCUGCCGCUUCUAAUGGAGGCUCACUACCAGUUACUAGCGCUUCACCUAUCCCACCUAACGGAGUUAAUAUCUUAUCAGACAAUGCCUAUGAUGGGGCACUCUCUGUAGUUGGAGCGAUGCCGUUCUUAGGCACGGUUGCUCUUGAGGGCGCUAUGCCAACUGCUGGUGCUGGAUCCAUUGCCUAUGGUUGCGGUAACGGAGAGGUGGCAAUAUUAAACGAAGAUUUUGGUGCUGCUAAUUUCGCUGGCCCAUACAACAUGGGUUAUCCUAGUAAUGGGUUUUACGGAUGUAAUACCCGAAUU